AUGAGAUUAUAUACCCUUCUUUCAUUAUGUUGCAUGUUUGCAGCAUUUGUAUCUGCUUUACCAUAUGCUUCUCCUGUUGAGGAUUCUGAAUUUGACAUGGGGUUAUAUUUAGAAGACUUGAUUGAAGAAAAUGGAUUGCAGGAAUAUUUUGACGGUUUCUACCAGAACGAUGGUAUACACAAGAGAGAUGAACAGUCCAUUGAGAAGAUCCUCUUACUUGUUAAUAAGUCUGGCAUUAUUUGGGAAGCUUUGGAUGCUGUUGCGGGGCAUCCAUCCAGAAUCCAAUUCCUUGCUAAUCAAACCGCUAAGCUUCUUAAUUCCUCCGGAAGUUCAUUGGACUUAACUUCUGGGUUGAAUACUACCCAGCUUUUCAAUAUUGUCAAGGCCUCCGGGUUACUUACCUCUGUCUUAGACGGUAUUUUAUUAGACGAUGAUUACAGACUGGUUUUAACCGAUUUAAUAGAAAGGGUUGUUAGACCAAAUAUGUUUAUUAUCUCGUACCUCAUCCAUGACGUUUUCCAAAAGAGUAGUAUUCAGAAGAGAGCAGAGUACAGUGGAAGUUUCGCAUCUUUUGCAGAAAAUACUCUUGCAACAGUUUUGGGGUCAAAGAUUUUCACAAAUACUUUUGCUGAUAUCGUCAAUGCUUUAAACGAUACUGGAGUUGCAGUGUACACUAUCAAAAGAUUCAUUGCUGACGAAAGCUAUCAAAAUAUGACUGCUGCAUUGGUAAAGGAAAUAUAUGACACUGGAGCUAUUAAGUUAAGUGGCUCCCUCAAUAUCACUGCUCUUGUUAGUACCGCUGUUAGUAACCCUAAGACCAUUACAGACCUUAUUGGAAAGGUUUUGAGUGGCGAUCUCAACUUCGGUAGUAGUUUAGGAAAGUAUUCUGGAGCUGUUAAAAAGAUCAUUAAAGAUUUAGAAAAUGAUGGACUCUUUGCAGAAUUGAAUGAGGAAGUAUUCCCAUCGUCUUCUACAAAAGCCUCUUCAACGAAAGCUGCCUCGCAAACUAAAAAAGAGAAGAUCUUAGCCACUUCAACUUCCAAAACAUCUUCUAAAAAAGCUACAAGCUUAUACAUGUACGGAAAUAACAAAGAAAAUUCCCCUACAUCUUCUUCGGAUUCUGGUUCCAUUAGCUUACAGCAAAACUCAAAUAUUCCAAUUGUUAAAUGUUUAAUUUACUUACAAACAUUAAUCUUUGGUGGUGCUUUAUUGCUAAUCUAA